AUGCCCAAUGAUGACGAAGUGGUAAAAUUCCGUGACUAUGAUUACCGAUCAAAUUCGAAUGUGGUCUUAACAACAAAGAGAAAGAAGAGACCACAGAAUGAAGAACCAACAGGAGAGCCGGAAACAUUGGCCGGAAGGGAAUUACAAAAGAUGGGUUCUCGAGUUGAGUUUUCAAAACCUCCUUCAUCAAAACUUGCAUCAAAAAAGAAAAAGGUGAAAAUAGUAGCAUCAUCAUCAGCAAAGAAAAAGAAAUCAAUCCUGGAUAUUGAUAUUGAUCAAGGACACUAUAAUCCAAAAACAGACGAAACUAGAGUGGCGUACGAGUUAAUUUUGGGCCAUAUCCAGCCAUACCUAGGAGACGUCGAUCAUGAAACUCUGCGCGGAGCAGUAGAUGAGAUUCUAACAAUAUUUAAUGAUGAAUCUCUUUCGGAUCGUCAAAAACAAGAGGAAAUUACUCAAAUCUUAACAUCAAUUCCCGAUGAUGAAUACGCUAAACUUUUGCAACUUUCGAAACGUAUCACUGACUUUUCAGUGAGUGAAAUCAAUGAAGAAGGAGCUGAUAAAUUAGAUGAAGAAGGUAUUGCAAUUGUGUCUUCCGAUGAAGAGGAAGAAGAUGAUACUGAGGGUAUUAAAGACCAACUUGUUGACUAUGUCGUAUCGUCCGAUGAAGAGGAAGAACCACUUGAUGAACAGCCAACUAUUGUUGAGUCAGCUGUAUCACGAAUGGAGGAUGAAGAAGACAAAGAUGCUGUCGACAUUCAUUCCAUUGAUGCAUACUGGCUUCAAAGAGAAUUGUCUCACUACUACAGCGAUUCUAACGAAGCACAGAAAUUAUCUAAUGAUGUCUUUGAAAUAUUGGCAGGCUCAGAUGACGAGCAUGAAAUCGAAAAUCAACUAGUUCAAGUUUUAGAAUAUGACAAAAUUGAUUUGGUUCAAAAAUUGAUGAAAAAUCGAUUAAGAAUUGUCUAUUGUAUCAAACUUCAAAAAGUCUCCAGUGAAGAAGAACGAUCACGAAUUGAGAAGGAAAUGAUGACAAAUGAUACUCUUAUCUCCAUUUUGGAAAAGUUGAAAGGAACAAAGAUAUCUUCAGUAGCCUCCAGCAAAAAAGCAGCCACUUCCGCUCGAACGGCAAUGGAUGUCGACACUGACACUGAAUACAAAUGGAAAGGAGAACGUAUCAUUAAUUUGGAGAGUUUGGCAUUUGAAGAAGGUAACCAUUUGAUGAGCAAUAAGGACUUUACCCUGCCAAACACUGCCGUGACUGCUCAACUCAAGGGUUACGAACAAAUUUCCAUCCCAUAUGCUGCUCCUACCACAAAGAGUGCCAAUAGAGUGGAUAAAUUAAUUGAAAUUAAGUCACUACCAGAAUGGACUCAUCCUGCUUUCCCAAAUAUGGUCACUCUCAAUGCAGUGCAAAGCAGAAUUUUCAACUCUGCAUUUUACUCACCAGAAAAUUUGUUAAUCUGUGCUCCUACAGGUGCUGGUAAGACAGUAGUUGCUGUUUUAACAAUGCUUCAUGAAAUUGGACUGCACAUGACUGAAAGCUUUGAUGCAUUGCAAGACAAAGAUUUCAAGAUGGUUUAUAUUGCUCCCAUGAAAGCUCUCGUACAAGAAGUUGUUGGAAAUUUAACAGAACGAUUAAGUUCUUACGGUAUUACUGUUCAAGAGUUAACUGGUGACAGAAAUAUGACCAAACAACAGAUCGAUGAAACUCAAAUCAUUGUCACAACACCUGAAAAAUGGGAUAUUGUGACAAGAAAGUCAGGAGAUAGAACCUACGUUGAAAAGGUAAAAUUAAUCAUCAUUGAUGAAAUUCACUUAUUGCAUGACGAGAGAGGCCCAGUCUUGGAAUCGAUAGUAGCUCGUACCAUUCGCCAACAAGAAGCCACCAGACAAAUGAUUAGGUUAGUUGGUUUGAGCGCUACUCUUCCAAACUAUAAGGAUGUUGCCACAUUCUUGAGAGUGAAGCCUGAAAAUUUAUUUUAUUUCGACAGCAGUUUCAGACCUUGUCCUCUUGAUCAACAGUACAUUGGAGUUACUGAAAAGAAACCAUUCAAAAGACACAAGUUAAUGAACGAGAUUGUGUACAAUAAGGUGGUCGAAAUUGCUGGCAAGCAUCAAAUUAUUGUUUUUGUGCACUCUCGUAAAGAUACCUACAAGACUGCUAAAGCACUGCGAGAUAUGGCCAUUGAGAACGAUACCAUCAGCAAGUUUGUCAAGCAAGGAACUGCAACCUAUGAAAUUUUGAAAGAAGCAACCAAAAAUGACGCACAAGGUACAGAACUUAAAGAGUUAUUACCUUAUGGUAUUGGCAUUCACCACGCUGGUAUGUCGAGAAAUGAUCGUACUCUUGUUGAGGACUUGUUUGACGAUGAACGUCUCCAAGUUUUGGUCAGUACAGCCACAUUGGCUUGGGGUGUCAACCUUCCUGCUCGAAGAGUUAUUAUCAAAGGUACACAAGUGUACAGUCCAGAGAAGGGAGAUUGGACAGAAUUAAGUGCUUUGGAUGUUAUGCAAAUGAUUGGUCGUGCUGGUAGAUAUCCUCGUGACAACAGAGGUGAGGGUAUUAUUAUUACUACUCAAUCUCACUUGCAGUACUAUCUCGCCUUACUGAACCAACAACUUCCAAUAGAAAGUCAGUUUAUUAAGAGCCUCCCUGAUAAUCUUAAUGCUGAAAUCGUUCUGGGAACGGUUCAAAACAUUGAUGAGGCAGUGAUGUGGCUUGGUUACACGUAUCUGCAUGUAAGAAUGUUACGAAACCCUCUACUUUAUGGAAUCACCAAGGAAGAUGCGGAACACGACAAGAAUCUAUUGCAGUGGAGAAGAGGUUUGAUAUAUUCUGCUGCUCUUUCUCUGGAGAAGAAUGGCCUCAUUAAAUUCGACAAGAGAUCUGGAGAAUUCCAAGCGACUGAUCUUGGUAGAGUGGCAAGUCAUUACUAUGUAACUCACAAAUCCAUUGCCACUUUCAACAGCAAUUUAAAACCAAAUUUGAGCGAUAUUGAAUUAUUUAGACUUUUUUCUCUAUCUGAUGAAUUUUCUCACAUGACCGUUCGUCAGGAAGAAAAGCUCGAAUUAUCCAAACUCACCCAAAGCGUUCCAGUACCCAUUAAGGAAGCACCAGAUGAUCCCUCUGCAAAAGUUAACGUUUUAUUGCAGGCCUACAUUUCGAGACUUCAUUUAACUGGAUUCGCUCUAGUUGCUGAUAUGACUUAUAUUACACAAAGUGCUGCUCGUAUUGCACGUGCUCUCUUUGAAAUUAUUCUAAAUCGAGGUUGGGCUCAACUCACUCACAAAGUACUAAAUCUGGCCAAAAUGAUUGAGCAUAGAAUGUGGUACACUCAAACUCCACUAAGACAAUUCCCUAAAAUCGAACAAACCAUUCUCAAACAACUAGAAGGAAAGAAUACUCUCUGGGAAAGACUUUAUGACUAUACACCAGCAGAAUUAGGAAGAUUGGUACAUCACACACAACGAGGAAAAGAUCUUUACAAGUAUAUCCAUCAAUUCCCCCGUUUAGAUCUUACUGCCAGUGUCCAACCCAUUACUCCAAGCACUUUGAGAGUUGAUUUAACAAUAUCUCCAGACUUCCAGUACAAUGUUGAUAUUCAUGGUGCAGCUCAAAUGUUCUGGAUUAUUGUUGAAGAUGUUGACGGAGAGGUCAUUUUGCAUCAUGAACCAUUCAUUCUAAAGAAAAAAAUUGUUUCCGAUAGAUGGUUACACUCUGAGCAAACAUUACCAAUUUCUUUCAGACAUUUGAUCCUACCACAAAAAGCUCCUCCAACAACAGAAUUAUUAGAUUUACCACCGCUCGAGUUGUCAGCACUUAAAAACGAAGCAUACGAAAAGUUAUUGGGCCAAGUUAUCACAAAAUUCAACCCAAUUCAAACACAAGUGUUCAGAUCUGUGUAUCAAAGUGAUGACAGUGUUCUCAUUGCGGCACCUGGAGGUAGUGGCAAAUCGUUAUGUGCUGUUUUGGCAAUAAUGAAACUAUUUGCUGAUGAUGCAUCAGCCAAAUGCAUUUAUAUUGCUCCUAUUGAAUCUGUCGCUGCUAAGAAACGGAAAAAGUGGCUUUCCUUUUUUGAAAAGAUUGGAAAGACUGUGGUAACCUUAACUGGAAAUUUAGCCAAGGACUUGGUGAGCAUGGAGAAUGGUGAUAUCAUUGUCUCUACUCCCGAAGUGUUUGACAUGUUUUCUAGAAAAUGGAAGACAAGAAAGUCCUUGUCCAGUGUUAAGCUUGUUGUUGCAGACGAGCUUCACAUGAUUGGAGGCGAGGUUGGACCAAUUCUUGAAGUAGUAAUUUCUCGUGUGCGCUACAUGUCCGAACAACUUCAAAGUAAUAUUAGAAUUCUUGGUUUGAGCGCUUCUGUGUUAAAUGCCAAAGAUAUCGGUGACUGGAUUGGAGCCAAGAAAGGCAAUGUCUUUAACUUCCACCCAAGAUAUAGAAGCAUUCCUUUGGAAAUUAAUAUUCAAGGUUUUACUCAAAGUACUUACAAUGCCAUGCAAAUUGCCAUGAUUAGACCCACCUACAAAGCCAUCAAGCAAAAGUCAGGUGGCAAACCAACCAUUGUCUUUACCUCCUCAGCAAGACAAGCCACUUUCAUUUGUUCUGAACUUGUUGUCAAUCUUACCAACGACACAAACGAGAAGGAAUUUGUCGGUGAUGCCGCUGCUAUUGAUGCUGUGAUUGGACAUGUAGAAAGUGCUAAUUUGCGUGAAUUUUUACCUUACGGAAUUGCAUUCUAUCAUGAAACGGUUUCUGAUACAGACAAAUCAAUCGUGGAAAAUCUCUACAAUUCUGGUGCAGUGAAAGUUCUUGUUGUGACAUAUUCAAUGUGCUGGGGUAUGGCAAUGAAAUCUAAAUUAUUAAUCAUUAUGGGAACGGAAUAUUACAAUGGAAAAGAACAUAGAUAUGCUGACUACUCUAUCAUUGAUAUGGUACAAAUGAUGAGUAGAGCUGGCAGACCUGGAAUUGACAAAGAUUCUACUUGUUACAUUUUCUGUAAAGCUUCCAAGAAGGACUACUUUUUGAAAUUCCUUUAUGAACCUUUCCCUGUUGAGUCACACUUGGAUCACUUCCUUUAUGAUCCAAUCAAUGCUGAAGUUGCAGCUAAAGUUAUCGAGAAAAAACAAUCUGCUGUGGAUUAUUUGACAUGGACAUUCCUCUAUCGAAGAAUUCGAAAGAAUCCAAACUAUUACAAUUUGAGUGGAACUACCAAACUUCACCUCUCUGAUUACUUGUCUGAACUUGUAGAAACCACCCUCGAAGAAUUACAAAAAUGUAAUUGUAUCCUUGUUGAGGAAGAGGAAAUCACUGCUAUGAAUCUGGGUACUAUCGCAUCCCAUUACUAUGUGAAACAUUCCACUAUUGAAAUUUAUAGCACCUCUAUCAAUGUCAAGACCAAACUGAGAGGUCUAUUGGAGGUAUUGAGUUACUCGACUGAAUUUGAACAAUUACCAAUACGACAAAAAGAAAAUCACAUUCUACGAAAACUAGCAGCUCAUGUUCCUCUUAAAAUUGAAAAACCUAGCUACAACCAAGUUCCAACCAAAGUGAAUAUUAUUCUUCAGUCACACUUCUCUAGAACCAAACUCACACCUGCAAUGGAAAAGGAUAAGAAAUCGGUGCUUGUCACUUCAACAAAGCUUUUGAGAGCCAUGGUAGAUGUGAUUGGUAAUGAAGGAUUUUUGAGUCCUGCUCUCGCAGCUAUGGAAUUAUCACAAAUGAUUACUCAGGCUGUGUGGGAUAAAGAUCCAUAUCUCAUGCAAUUACCUCAUUUCACAAAGGAGCUUUGUAAGCGAUGUGAAGAAAAGGGAAUUCAUACCAUUUUCGAUUUAAUUAAUAUGGAAGACGAUGAAAGAAAUCAAUUACUUGGUCUAACGGAUGAACAAAUGGUGGAUGUUGCAAAGAGUUUGAAUAGAUAUCCCAAUAUUGAAUUGGCACAAGAGAUUGUUACACCCAGUGAGGACAUUACAGCCAAGUCAACUGUCACUCUUGCAGUUCGGUUUGAUGCCGACGAAGUUGGAGACGAACCAGUUUAUGCUCCUUAUUAUCCCGAAGAAAAAACAGAAGAGUGGUGGAUUGUUAUUGGGGAUCCUGCCAGUAAUGAAAUCAAAUCCAUUAAGCGUUUGCCCAUUAAGAAAUCAUGCGAAACUAUGGUGAAAUUCCUUGCUCCAAACAAGCCAGGAAAGUACGAAUACAAGUUGUACUUUAUGUGCGACUCUUACACUGGCUGUGACCAAGAAUACCCAAUCUCCUUUACUGUUUUAGAGGGAGAGGAGAGUGAAGGUGAAAUGAGUGAUGAAGAGGCAUAA